AUGGUAGAGGGAAAGGACAUAGUAGAAGUAAAGGACAUAGUAGAAGUAAAGGACAUAGAAGUAAAGGACAUGGUAGAGGGAAAGGACAUAGUAGAAGUAAAGGACAUAGUAGAAGUAAAGGACAUAGAAGUAAAGGACAUGGUAGAGGCAAAGGACAUAGUAGAAGUAAAGAACAUAGUAGAAGUAAAGGACAUAGAAGUAAAGGACAUAGUGGAAGUAAAGGACAUAGUAGAAGUAAAGGACAUAGUAGAAGUAAAGGACAUAGUACAAGUAAAGAACAUAGAAGUAAAGGACAUAGAAGUAAAAGACAUAGAAGUAAAGGACAUGGUAGAGGGGAAGGACAUAGUAGAAGUAAAGGACAUAGUGGAAGUAAAGGACAUAGUGGAAGUAAAGGACAUAGUAGAAGUAAAGGACAUAGUGGAAGUAAAGGACAUAGUAGAAGUAAAGGACAUGACUGUUUGUAUUCAUAUUGUGCUGACCACAGCAGUAUUCAAACACCCCCCUCACAUAUGGGUACUGGGGUUAGUUAGUCUUAAGAGUGAGAGCAAGGAGGCAGGUCACGGCUGUUUGGCGCUACCAACACUAUCCGUAAUAUACGUACUUCCAGCCUACGUGAGUAUUUCUUUACCCUAUCCACGUGUUCGAACCCCACAUGAUAAUAGUAGAAGUAAAGGACAUAGUGGAAGUAAAGGACAUAGUAGAAGUAAAGGACAUAGUAGAAGAAAGGGACAUAGUGGAAGUAAAGGACAUAGUAGAGGGGAAGGACAUAGUAGAAGUAAAGGACAUAGUAGAAGUAAUGGACAUAGUGGAAGUAAAGGACAUAGUAGAAGUAAAGGACAUAGAAGUAAAGGACAUGGUAGAGGGGAAGGACAUAGUAGAAGUAAAGGACAUAGUGGAAGUAAAGGACAUGGUAGAGGGGAAGGACAUAGUAGAAGUAAAGGACAUAGAAGUAAAGGACAUAGUGGAAGUAAAGGACAUAGUAGAAGUAAAGGACAUAGAAGUAAAGGACAUGGUAGAGGGGAAGGACAUAGUAGAAGUAAAGGACAUAGUAAAAGUAAAGGACAUAGAAGUAAAGGACAAGGUAGAGGGGAAGGACAUAGUAGAAGUAAAGGACAUAGUAGAAGUAAAGGACAUAGUGGAAGUAAAGGACACAGUGGAAGUAAAGGACAUGGUAGAAGUAAAGGACAUAGAAGUAAAGGACAUGGUAGAGGGGAAGGGCAUAGUAGAAGUAAAGGAUAUAGUGGAAGUAAAGGACAUGGUAGAGGGGAAGGACAUAGUACAAGUAAAGGACAUAGUGGAAGUAAAGGACAUAGUAGAAGUAAAGGACAUGGUAGAGGGGAAGGACAUAGUAGAAGUAAAGGACACAGUAGAAGUAAAGGACACAGUGGAAGUAAAGGACAUAGUGGAAGUAAAGGACAUAGUGGAAGUAAAGGACAUAGUAGAAGUAAAGGACAUAGUGGAAGUAAAGGACAUAGUAGAAGUAAAGGACAUAGUAGAGGGGAAGGACAUAGUAGAAGUAAAGGACAUAGUGGAAGUAAAGGACAUAGUAGAAGUAAAGGACAUAGUGGAAGUAAAGGACAUAGUAGAAGUAAAGGACAUAGUGGAAGUAAAGGACAUAGUAGAAGUAAAGGAUAUAGUAGAAGUAAAGGACAUGGUAGAGGGGAAGGACACAGUAUAAGUAAAGGACAUAGUAGAAGUAAAGGACAUAGAAGUAAAGGACAUGGUAGAAGUAAAGGACAUAGUAGAAGUAAAGGACAUAGUAGAAGUAAAGGACAUAGAAGUAAAGGACAUGGUAGAGGGAAAGGACAUAGUAAAAGUAAAGGACAUAGUAGAGGGGAAGGACAUGGUAGAGGGGAAGGACAUGGUAGAGGUAAAGGACAUGGUAGAGGUAAAGGACAUGGUAGAGGUAAAGGACAUGGUAGAAGUAAAGGACAUAGUGGAAGUAAAGGACAUAGUAGAAGUAAAGGACAUAGUAGAAGUAAAGGACAUAGUAGAAGUAAAGGACAUAGAAGUAAAGGACAUAGAAGUAAAGGACAUGGUGGAGGGGAAGGACAUAGUAGAAGUAAAGGACAUAGUGGAAGUAAAGGACAUAGAAGUAAAGAACAUGGUAGAGGGGAAGGACAUAGUAGAAGUAAAGGACAUAGUAGAGGGGAAGGACAUAGUAGAAGUAAAGGACAUAGUGGAAGUAAAGGACAUAGUAGAGGGGAAGGACAUAGUAGAAGUAAAGGACAUAGAAGUAAAGGACAUGGUAGAAGUAAAGGACAUAGUAGAAGUAAAGGACAUAGUAGAAGUAAAGGACAUGGUAGAAGUAAAGGACAUAGUAGAAGUAAAGGACAUAGUAGAAGUAAAGGACAUAGUAGAAGUAAAGGACAUAGUAGAAGUAAAGGACAUAGUAGAAGUAAAGACUAG